AUGUCUGGUUCGGCAUCUGGUGUUAAAGUUGAUAAUACUGUAAUUGAAAAAUUUCAUGAUUUUAAAAUUAAGAAAAACACUGGCUAUCUAGUACUUGGUUUCAGUGAUGAUAUAUCAAAAAUUGUUGUAAUAAAUGAAGGUGUUAAUAAAGUACCACCAAAUGCAUCUGCAACUGAAAAAAAUCAAAAAUGGGCUGAAAUGCUUGAUGCAUUACCUGCAAAUGAUGUACGAUAUGCAAUAAUUGAUAUUUUUUAUGAUACAAAAGAAGGUUCACGUACAGAAAUCUUCUUUAUUGCAUGGGCACCAGAUACAGCAGCUAUUAAACGUAAAAUGUUAUGUGCAUCGAGUAAAGAUGCUUUAAAAAAUGCACUUCAAGGUAUUCGCAAUCAUAUUCAAGCAACAUGCAAGGCUGAUCUUGAUUUGGAUGCAAUUAUUAGUGAAAAAGUAAAAUCAAAAUAG